CAAAAUUCUUCAAGGUGCCUGUUUCCAAUCCGAACAGCGUUGCGUUUGCGGUCUUUUCUUUUCUGUUUCGGCACUAUUGUGAAGUUUAAUCUGUUUAAUCUAAUGGCGUUUUCGGCCUUAUAAUUUAUUAAUUAUUGUUCCAUCCAAUAAUAGUUUCGCAAAAUGGCCGAUGAUUGGGAUCAAUAUGGCCCUUCCGGAGGUAACGAUGCCGGUGGAAAUGAUUUCUCUUCGUCUGGAGAUGUAGGUGGUGGAAAAUCGUUCGGUAAAGGCCGUGGUUUCCAGCCACAAGGUGUUGACAACGGAUCAGACUUUCGCAGUGGUCGUGGCGGACGCGGUGGCCGAGGAGGCCGUGGUGGUCGAGGUGGCGGCCGCUUCGACGACGAUAGAGGAGGCGGCGGCGGUGGUUACCGUGGAAAUCGAGAUCGUAACGGAGAUGAUAGUUGGGGAAAUUCUGGCGGCGGUGGUGGUUCAAGAAACGACAACUGGGGUUCGUCGGACAAUGAUGGUGAACGUCGUGUUGGCGGUGGAGGCCGUUUUGGCGGCGGUGGCCGCUCCAGGGAUGAUGAUAACGGAGGAGGUGGCGGAUACCGCAACCGUAGAAGAGAUGACGAUAACGGUGGUGGUGGUGGUGGUUGGGGAGGCGGCGGUGGUGGCCGCUCAAGAGAUAAUGACGACAACGGUGGUGGCGGAUGGGGAGGCGGCGGCGGCCGCUCAAGAGACAAUGACGAUAACGGUGGUGGUGGAUGGGGAGGUGGCGGUGGCCGCUCAAGAGACAAUGAUGACAACGGCGGCGGCUGGUCGAAUAAUAAUCGUGACGGAGGAGGACGGGGUGGACGUGGUGGAAGGGAUCGUGACGGUGGCCGGGGCAGAGAUAGAGAUAACGACAAUGGUGGUGGCGGAUUUGAUUCGAACGAUGGCGAAAAUGAAGGUGAAAAACGACCGCCCAUCUACGUUCCUAAAGAUAUAACAGAUGAGGAUAUUGAAGGCCAAGGUAUUGGUGUUGGAAUAAAUUUCAAAGAUUACGAUAACAUCAAAGUCAACGUAUCUGGUGAAAAUGCACCUAAUCCAAUUCAAUCAUUUGAGCAAUCCGGUCUUCGCUCGUUGAUUUUGGAUAAUUUGAAAUACUUCAAGUACUCGAAUCCUACUCCAGUACAAAAACACGCUAUUCCGAUUGUUCUUCAAAAACGCGAUUUAAUGGCCACUGCUCAGACUGGCUCCGGCAAAACCGCCGCUUUCUUGUUACCCAUCAUCGAUCAUCUUCUUCAAGAUUCUCAAAGUUCCUGUGUCGGUGGAGCCUCUUGCUCACCGAGAGCACUGAUAUUGAGUCCAACCCGUGAAUUAACCACUCAAAUUUAUAUGGAGGCUAAGAAAUUCGCCAGAGGUUCUUACCUCAAAGUAGCCCAGAUUUAUGGCGGUACCGCUGUAUCGUUUCAGUCGAAAAGAAUCUUGGAAGGAUGUGAUCUUCUAGUCGCUACUCCAGGAAGACUGGGUGAUUUCCUGAACAGAAGCUUCAUUAGUUUAUCAAAUCUUCGUUUCUUUGUGUUGGAUGAAGCCGAUCGUAUGCUCGACAUGGGUUUCAGAUCGGAAAUCGAAAAAUUUUUCAAUCACGAUUCUAUUUCCUCCAGAGAUCAACGGCAAACUUUGAUGUUUUCGGCAACUUUCUCUCAAGAAAUUCAAAAAAUGGCGUACACGUACUUGACCGAUUACGUAUUUUUAGCUGUCGGUAUUGUCGGUGGCGCUUGUAAAGACGUCGAGCAGACUUUCAUUCAAGCCGAACGUAGAGAAAAACAAAAAAAAUUACUCGAAUUGUUGAAGAACGAACGUGACCGCAGGGGUACAUUGGUCUUUGUCGAAACGAAAAGAACUGCCGAUUUUACUGCUUCGUACUUAUCCGAGCAAGAUUUUCCUACAACUAGCAUACACGGUGAUCGUUUCCAAGAACAGCGAGAAACUGCGUUAAGGGAAUUUAAAUCUGGAGCUAAAGAUAUUUUGGUUGCUACUUCUGUAGCCGCCCGUGGCUUAGAUAUUAAGGGAGUAAAACACGUUGUCAAUUUUGAUCUACCCAAAGAAAUUGACGAAUAUGUUCAUCGUAUUGGCCGAACGGGUCGUUUGGGUAAUAAAGGAAAAGCUACGUCGUUCUACGAUUCUUCCGGCGAUAGCCAAUUAGCCAGCUCCUUGGUUACUAUUUUAGAACAAGCUGGUCAACCCAUACCAGACUGGUUGAAGAACGACGCGACCGGAGCUAGCGGUUAUAGCCAAAACGAAUUCGGUGCCCACGAUUACCGUAGUAAACAACAAGGCGCUUUCCAAACGGGUGCCGAUCCUCAGGCCAUCGAAGCUGGUGCGGAGGAAGAAAAUUGGUAAAAAAAAUCAUUAGUUUCGUCAGGAAUUUCUCUUUUAUACGUUUAUAUUCAUUAACAAUAUCCUCUACGUAGAGUCAUUUAACUUAAGAUUGUUUCAUAAGUCUGUUUUUUUUUCUAGUUUUUUGUUUUCGUUAAGUUUACGUAUUAUUUUAAGUGGUGCCUUAAUUAUACGAAGCUGAACUUUCUCGGUGCUAAGGGACCUGAUGAAGUGAUAAUUUUUACUAAACGUUAAGACUUAUUUUUUACGACGACAAAGUUAUAGCCACAAAGAGAGGAAGAGUACAAUAUUACGAGUAGAUUGUGGCAUGAAUUUUUGUUAAAUGUUUUGAUCGUUUCGUUUAUAUUUAGAAUAUAUUUUGUUAAAUGAUUAUUUUGAUAUAAAAUUUAUAAAGAA